AUGGCCUCAUCGUAGUAAAUUAGCAGUGUGUCGUUUGUACUUUACAUCAAAGAAGCUAGCAUACCUGACCAUGUAACAUUAAGCUAUUAGCCUGAUAUAUCUGUCAGUUAGAUUUGCUUUGUAACAAUACUUCACCGGGCAGCUUCUCAGCUAACUGACGUCAACGUUGGACGAGGACAGUGGCGAGCGAUGACGGUUGGGAACCUACCUCGGACAUGUUCGGUGUCGCUCGCCAUCUUUCUGCUCAUUUUGAGCGUGCAGUUGGUGAAAACAGCCUCUGAAUAUGACCCCUACAAAAUCCUGGGUGUCAGCAGGAGUGCGAGUCAAACAGAAAUCAAAAGGGCGUACAAGAAUCUUGCCAAAGAAUGGCAUCCAGACAAGAACAAGGACCCUAAAGCUGAGGACAUGUUUAUAAAGGUUUCUAAAUCAUAUGAGAUUCUGUCUAACGAGGAGCGAAGGUCCAACUUUGACCGCUACGGCCAGAUGGAUGAAAACCAGCCCUUCGGCCAGUCGCAGCAUCACGGUUUCCGCAGCUUCCACAACAGCUUCUACUUCGAUGAGUCUUUUUUCCAUUUCCCCAGGUCCAGGGACUUUGCAGACAGCAAGUACCUGCUUCACCACGCACAGUUUAACAGCGAUGUCCUCCCAGACAGCCACAAGAGGCCGUACCUAAUCAAAGUGACCUCUGAGUGGUGCUUUGCAUGCAUCCACAUUGAGCCUGUGUGGAAGGAGACGGUGCAGGAGCUGGAGCCACUGGGUGUUGGCAUUGGCAUAGUGGACCUGGGUUAUGAGCGUCGCCUGGCCAACCAGCUGGGAGCUCACCGCGCUCCCUCCAUCAUCGGGCUGGUGAACGGCAGGGUGACCUUCUUCCAUCAGGCCGUGGUACGGGAGCACCUGCGACAGUUCAUUGAAGACCUGCUGCCCCAGAAACUGGUGGAAAAGAUCACAGAUGACAACUACCUGGCUUUUCUGGAUGGCUGGCAUGCAGAAAAUAAGCCCAGUGUUGUCUUGUUUGACCAAGUUCCUAUUGUUCCCCUGCUCUACAAAUUAACAGCGUUUGCCUUCAGGCACUACGUGCGCUUCGGCUACGUGGACCAGGGUGAAACACACAACACUCAGCUGCUGCGGCAGUUCAACAUAAACACGUACGCCCCCACCAUGCUGCUUUUUAAGGAGGACACAGAGAAGCCUGUUGACAUCAUCCAGGCCAGAGGGAUGAAGCGACAGAUCAUGGAUGAGUUUGUCUCCAACAACAAGUUCCUGCAGGUGCCACGGCUGGUCAAUCAGCAGCUUUUUGACGAGCUGUGUCCUGUCAAGCAAUUCCACCGACGGAGGAAGUACUGCGUGCUGCUGAUCACAGGGGAGGACCAAGCCUUUCUCCCAGGCAAUAAGGCCUUCUUGGACUUCGCGGCAGCCAACAAAAAAGAGGUGCUGCGGUUUGCGUACGUCUACCAGCGUCAGCAACAGCCUCUCUGUCAGACACUGCUCCAUAAUCAGGCUGCACUCUCGCCUCAGGUGGUGAUUCUUGAGAGGCGGAGCCAGGCUGGUAAGGUCCUGUACCGCUCUGUGAGUGGUGGCUGGAAUGGCAGUGAAGAAGAUAAGUACAGGCUUCACGAACAGCUGGAGCUCCUGCAGAAAGACCCCACCUACCUGAGCUCAGACGCCACCCUGCCAGAACUCAAUAACGAGAUGGCCCCCAUGUUCAUUAUCCAGUGGAUGAAUGCCGCCUAUGAUUACAUCCUUCAAAUAUAUGAUGACCUUCUCUACUCAAACUGGCGAGAGAUGAUGCCCAUCCUGUCGCUGAUCUUCUCCGCUCUCUUCAUUCUUUUUGGCACCGUCAUCAUUCAGGCCUUCAGUGAGCCGGGUGAGAGCAAACCCCGAAAAACAAAGCCGAAGGAGCAACCGCAAACUGAGGAUGACGCUUCAAGUAGAGCCAGUACCUCAAGCCGCCCCCCUAAGAAGGACUUUGUGGAAGUGACGGAGCUGACAGACGUCACGUACACCAGCAACCUGGUCAAGCUCAGGCCGGGCCACAUCAACGUUGUCCUGGUGCUCACCAAUGCCUCCAAGACCGCCUUGCUGAGGAAGUUUGCCAAGGAGGUUUUUUCAUUCUCUGGGACUCAGACCCUCCACUUCUCCUUCCUCAACGCUGAUAAGCACCGCCACUGGAUGCCAUCACUCCUUCGCUCAGCCUCUGAUGCGGUGCACAGCGAGGGCCACUCGGACGAGGACGAGGAGUCUUCAGACUACAAUGGCCACGUCCUGGCCCUCAAUGGCCACAAGAAAUACUUCUGCCUCUUCCGACCCGUCUUCACAGGGGACGAUCCCAAUGACUCGUCAUCUGAGACCUCAUUCUCCUCUGACAGCAGGAGAAAGUCCCGGUCCAGGUCCAGGUCCAGCUCCCACUCCCGAUCCAGGUCCCAUUCGAGGGAGGAUGGGGCCGUACCCAAGAGAGGCUCCAGUAGGGCCACCAGCAUAGAAGUCCACCACAAGCUUGACAGGCUGGGACUGUGGAUGGAGAGGCUAAUGGAGGGCACCCUGCCCAGAUUACGGGUCCCUGUGUGGCCCUCCCUUGAUGAAGCCACUAACAACUCCACAGAGAGCUGAGGUUAAAGUAAGAAAGGUACAAAUGGUAGCAGAUACACUUUGUGAUUCUGCCCUCCGAGUACGUUCUUUAGCAAGAAAAAUGCAGAACGAUGUUGCAGUUAUUAUUUAAGGUCUCUUUCGCACAGGUAGGCUGCCACACUGAACUGUUUACAGAAUGUCUUAUUUUUAAUCUGACAGGUCGUGUGGAGCAGGUGGUGAUGAUGGCUUAGACUAGUUUGCUACCACAAACCUUUAAAAUGCGCUUAAUGAAGCAAAGUCUCAGCUGUACGAUGCAUGUCUUCUGUACAGAGACAGAAGGAGGAAAAAGGAGAGAAGCCACCAGAAUAGAACAAAAGCAGAUGGAUUUUCUUCUGACAUGCUCUUAAAAUGUUAGUCUAAGCUGUAGUACGCACACACAGUCGGUCUUCACAUACACACACACACACAGGUGGUGUGUGUUCUUAGCUAGCUGCAGCACCAUAAAAGCAGAGUCCGGAUUGCAUGCAAAGUUAAUUUUGCUUUAUUUGUUUUUACUGUCUCUGUUUAUUAACCACAAGCAGCCAAUGAGCACCAUGGUAUAGACAGUA